AUGAAGUUUAUGGCAAUAACUCUUUUAGGCGAUAUAUUUUCAGUACUCGGCAUAACAAUUGGGCAGCUUAAUGAGCACGCAACGAAUCACAAAGAACUUGUGAAAAAAUAUAAACUUCAAGCUGCUCGCAAUCCCGAAUUCUCUCAGUGGAUAAGAGAACUUGGGAAAACUAGCUUAAGAAUGGAAGACAAAACGAAGGACAUUGCGGAAUUUAAUAUCUACGACGAAAGUCGCCAGCUACUGGAAGCCAAAAUUAAGAAACGCAUUGGAGCGAUCGAUGGCCUCAUUUCCAACAUUAUUGGUAAAACCCCGAAUAAGGAUAAAAGCUGUCUUCAGUAUUACCAACGCCAGAAGCAAUCGCCUAAGAUGGCCCACAAUUCUUCGAACUUAACUAAGCAGACAAACCCUAUAAGUAACUCCGAGCAAUGCGAGACAACUAAAGGGCAACUAAAUAUGUGA